AUGUUGAGUGCACUGUCUCAAGUCACAGGUGAUUCUAACAUCAACUUCGAUUCCGUGGUCAUCAACGCACCCAGUUUCCCCAACGGAGACGACAAGAACGUCUCAUACCCGUACUGGGAUUACGCUCCUGGUUCUAAGAAGAAGCUUUCUGGUGGCAACCAAUCCUGGACCAACCUGUUGGUGUGGGCGGGAUCGCAAUGGGCUGGUGGCGGCACCAACCAAUACCCCAACAAGGCCCAAUCCGUUUCUUCGUACGAGGUCCUCGAUCAGCUGAUUGCGUGGUACGCGAACAACUUCCCUAACCUCAAUCAAAUCGUUAUCGCUGGCCACUCCCUUGGCGCGCAGACUGUUCAGCGUUAUGCCACUGUUGGCAAGCCCUUCAGCUCUAUUGGAGUCGGCGUGCCUGUAACCUACUGGAUUGCCAACCCGAACAGUCUGGUCUGGUUGAACUCCUCUCGUCCCCUUUCGACUUCCAGCUGCGCAGGCUAUGAUAACUGGCGUGAAGGUCUCUCCAAUUACGCUACUUAUCCUAACGUCUACAACACCGGGCUAGUAGCCUCGGGUACCUCGGCAGUGCUUGCCAACUACCAGUCUAAGAACAAGGCUUACGCUCGCGGUACUCUCGAUAUGGGCGACGAUUCGUCUGGCUGUGCACCUUUCACUACUGGUUCCAACCGUCACGAACGAUUCUACUACUUCAUCAACUGGUGGACUCCUACUUGUGAAGCUCCUAACACACCAUCCGGCCACUGCGAUACUGUCGACUUGGUUGCUAUGGGCCACGAUGGUGGUGGUAUGAUGGCCUCUGCGGCUGGUCGUGCUCGUCUUUUCAGCGACAACUUCUAUGGUGACGGUGCAAGAUCUUACGACUUUGGUUACCCUCGCAUUCAAGCCAAUGUAGAUGACCCUUUCCCCGACCCUGCCUACAACUCGACUUCGGAUUCAGCCAACCAGACUGUCUACGCUGGCAACAUGACCUAUGCAGGCUGCUACACUGAUUCUGGCUCUCGUACCCUGGCUAACCUCAACUACGAUUCUACUUCCAACACGAUCGAGAAGUGUACCGCCGCCUGCGCCAGUGCGGGUUACUCUAUCGCGGGUAUGGAGUACGGUAGCCAGUGUUGGUGCGAUAACACGCUCGGUCCCUACACCCAGAAAGCCCUGGAUCUUGGUUGCUCUCAGCCUUGCUCUGGCAACACCACCGAGACAUGUGGUAACUCAGCUCGUCUGUCAGUCUACUCAAACGGCUCGCCUGUUCAGGCCGCUGCUCCCUCCAACCCUGAAGUUGUCGGCAACUAUUACUACGCUGGAUGCCACAACGAAUCAACUAGUGGCCGUGCUCUCUCUGCUACCUCAUACUCUGAUGGCAAGAACAUGACUUUGGAGAACUGUGCAGCCUUCUGCAAUGGCUACAAGUACUUUGGUAUCGAGUACGCAUCUGAGUGUUACUGCGGCUCGUACUUCGGCCCAGGCAGCGCUCUCGUUUCGGACAACACUUGCUCCAUGGUAUGUUCUGGCAACUCGCUUGAACUCUGUGGUGCAGGUGGCGCUCUNUCUGUCUACACGCUCAGCUCCGGCGCACCUGUCUCGACCAUCGUCCAAGGCUCGACUACUGCUGGUUCUUCACCAACAAACACAGGUGGUUCAUCAGCCUCCAGUCUCCCUUCUAGCAGUCUCUGCCCUGCUACCAAUGGACAGAACAUUGCGGACUCGAACAACGUUACCUACACUGUUGCUUGCAGCUCAGACACAAACGUCGGUUCGUACUCUAGCGCUCAGGCAAGUGGUUCGUACUUUGACUGCAUGGUUGCCUGUGACAAUGCAGCAUCGUCUGGAUGUGUGGCCUUCACCUACGUUGGAGGAGCACUUGGUUCUGGAUCAGGAACGUGUUAUCUGAAGAACAGCGUGGGCACCUUCACAGGAGCUGCUAACAACCUUGUAUCUGGAUCGAGAAUCUCGUCUGGUUCCACUGGAGGAGCUGUCACUACGACCACAUCCUCUGCCGCUCCUGCAGCCACUACCUACGCAGAUGGCUCGACACCUUCUGUAGGCGGUGUCACUUACGCUAUCGAGGUCAACGUGACAUACUCUGGCCAAACCUUGGCUCUCUCGAAGAAGCGUGCGGCUGUCGUCGUUGGCGACUGUUUGAACACUUGCGCUCAGAGCACCUCGUGUGUCGGAACCGCAUUUGACGGAUCAGCCUGCACAUACUUUGGCUCAAUUGACAACAGCACAAAGGUGUCUGCUCCUGGCACGACUUUUGCAACCGUCAAGGCCCGUUCGACAGCUACCUCGACCUCCUCGAGCGCUACAGGAGUUCCUUCUGCCUCGCUGUGCCCCAGCGCCAACGGCCAAACCAUCAAUGGAUACGUUGUCAGCUGUUCGUCCGACACGAACAUUGGAUCUUACUCAAGUGCAAACGCCGUUACUUCUUACCUCGACUGUAUGUCUGCUUGUAAUGCCGCGUCCUCUACUGGGUGCGUUGCAUUCACCUACGUUGGAGCUACCGGCGGAUCUGGUUCCGGUGCCUGCUACCUCAAGAACAGCCUGGGAAGCUUCACCACUGCUGGCGGUGCCAACUACAUUGCCGGCAUGGUUGCUACUCAGCCUUCAUCUUCGUCAUCGUCAUCGUCUGUCAGCUCGACCCAGAGCGGAUCGGCCUCCUUUUCGACAGUGAGCUCGACCGCAACCUCUUCGUCCGCCACCUCCUCAGCUUCGAGCAGCCUUUGUCCUUCUGUGGACUCGCAGGACAUCACUGACUCCAACGGAAAGAUUUACACCAUCCGUUGCCAGUCUGAUACCGACGUUGGCUCUUUCGCAAACGCUCAGGCUGCCAACACAUACGCUGACUGCAUGGCCGCUUGCGACUCUACCACUGGAUGUGUCGCAUUCACCUACGUCGGUGGAGCAAAUGGUGUCGGCUCAGGAACGUGUUGGAUGAAGAACAGCCUGGGAAGCGCAACCUCCGCAGGUGGCAACAACUACGUCGCCGGGUUCUUGAAGCAAUCUACUUCGUCGAGCUCAGUUUCGUCUACUUCUUCGAGCUCAGCAUCAUCUGUUUCCUCGAGCUCGGCAUUUUCAAGCACAGCCUCGUCUACCACUACCUCGUCAUCGGCAGCGGCAUCGAGCAGCUCUUCUACCAGCCUUUGCCCGCAAGCAAACGGACAGGUCAUCACUGACUCAAACGGCAACCUUUACAACGUCACAUGCUCUGCCGACAACAGUGUGGGCUCGUACACGAACACGCAGGCUUCUACCUCGUACCUCGACUGCAUGGCAGCCUGUGAUGCCGCUUCUUCUACUGGCUGCCAAGGCUUCACUUACGUUGGUGGAGCUCAAGGAUCUGGCUCAGGUACCUGCUGGCUCAAGCAGAGCAUGGCUGACUACCCUGAUGCCGGCAACAAUGUUGUCUCGGCUGUCAAGGUCGCCAAGUCCAACUCAAACGUUGUGUCUUCUAGCAGCUCAAGCAGUUCGAUCUCUAGUAGCUCGGUCUCGUCGUCAACUGCCUCGUCAUCGACCGCCUCGUCAAGCAGCAUUGUUUCUUCUUCUUCUUCUUCUUCUUCUUCUUCCUCCUCCAGCGUUUCAUCAUCAAGCAGCACCGUCUCUUCAUCCAGCAGCUCUGGUUCGAUCUCGUCGAGCAGCACCGUUUCUUCUUCAUCGAGCACUGCUGCCUCCUCAUCGAGCACUGUUUCUCCCUCUUCGACUGUCUCUCCUACUUCGAGCAGCAGCACCGUUUCUUCCUCGAGCACCGUUUCGUCGUCAAGCACUGUUUCUUCAUCGAGCACUAUUUCCUCCUCCUCCUCAAGCAGUGUUGUUUCGUCUUCCUCGAGCAGCGUGGCAACCACGCUUUCGACAUCCACUGCAUCCGUCUCGGCCACAUCAUCCACUGCUCUUUCGCUUCCCACUGGCUUCUCUUCAUACGGCUGCUUCAUUGACGGAAGCACUCGCGCCAUGGCCUACUCUGCUUACUCCAGAAGUGACAACACUCCCUACAAGUGCGCAUCUACCUGCCAGAGCUUGGGUUACAAGUACGCCGGUACCGAGUACGGCAGCGAGUGUUGGUGCUCAAACGCCGCACCCACGUCCAGCACCAAGGCCACCGACUGCAGCAUGGCUUGCAGCGGCGACAACACNCAGACUUGCGGCGCUGGAAACCGCUUGUCCGUCUACGUCGACAACACUUGGACCUCCAAGUUCAACGCCCGCACCAGCUAUGGCUCGUGGAACUUGAUGGCUUGCUACACUGACAACACAAACGGCCGUGUUCUGCCCACUGCCAUGAGCAUGACUGGCGGUGCCAACAACGCUACCAUCGCCAACUGCCUUGACGCCUGCGCAAGAAGCGGUUUGAGUGUUUGCGGUGCUGAGUACUACCAAGAGUGCUAUGGUGGCAAGGUCGCCCCCAACAACAACCUGAUCGCUGGUUCAGAUCCUCUGGCCGCUGGUUGCAACUACCCUUGCAGCGGCAACAAGACCGAGGCAUGUGGUGGAUCCAACAAGAUCUUGGUCUACAUCAACAACGGCACCGCAUCUGCUCGUCGCCAUUAA